UGAAAUGUACUCUACACAUGCAGUGGUUUACAUGUUAGUUACUGGUGCAAAAGCUGUUGCAAUGGCAACAUUUAUUUUUUGUUGAGAGAAGGUUAUGAUCAAUGUAACCUUCACAUUUACUUGUAGAUGUUCUCAUGUUGAGAGAGAGGUUAAAGGGUUGCACAUCUCUAUUUUGACCAGACAAUGUCACUAUAUUCAUCAUCAAUAAAUAGUACCUACUAGACAUUUUCUGCAAGGAUCGCUUUACAUUGUGUUCAGCAUAAAGAAUUUUGGCCAGUAAAACAUUGCAUUUUCACGAAAAAGGUUACUGUUAUCUCACGAUAAUGUCAGAAGCUACAUGUUACGUUACAUCACUUUGACUAAUCUCGAACCCAGGGCAUGUUGGAUAAGUGAGGGGAUGACACUGGGCACGAGAUGGAAUUUGCCAUGGCUAACGUUACUUCAAGAAUGCUACCCAAAAGAGCAUCAAUGCAAACGAAUCAAAUAAAGUCGCCUCCUUUCAUGCUCUCCUUCUGUCCCUUCAAGUUUAUUUUUACCCGAGAAUGAAACAUUACCGCUACUUCCCAUCAUGCUUUGCCCUUGACCUUACCCCGCCAAUUUCAAAAUGGCGGACACUCUGUCUGAAACAGAACAUCUUCGGCUCGGCAGUGUUUUAAUGACGUGAGUACAUUAUACAAAACACAAGAAAUAUGGUCAGAGGCAGAAGAGGUCGAAGGAGCGACAGUUUCACGUCAUGACGUCACACCCGGCCUUCCUGACUUCCCAUCUUCUAAAACCACAAACAUGGCGAGAGGCUUUUAACUCUGACAUGAUGGAGGCGACUGGAGAUGAGCAUCUAGAGUCGGAUGAGGAGCCCAGCUGUGCAGAAACUCACAACGGAGGGACAGGGGAACAGCAACUAGAGAUUCACAGUGGUGAGAGACCACAGCAAGCAUCUUUUACGUCAAAGAGGCGCAAUCUAAAAGGUCAUGCUGGUGAAACCAAGAGUGAAAAGAAGCGGAAGAGACACAGUUGUCCGCACUGCGACUGUAUGAAACAGACACCAAACUGACGAUGACGCAACACAUCAUGACACACACUGGUGAGAGACCAUUCCGGUGCCAGCAGUGUGACUAUUCGGCAGCGCAGACGGCUACCCUUAAACAGCACAUCCGGGCUGUGCACACCGGUGAGAGACCUUACCACUGUGGCUACUGUGACUAUUCCGCAACCCAAAAGGGAGCUUUAAAAAGACACAUGUUGAAACACACACAACCUAAAAUUAAGGUUAAAAAGGAGCCAAAGAAACACAGCUGUCUGCACUGCGAGUAUGUUACGAUAAAUAAACCAGAUAUGACAAACCACAUCAGGACCCACACCGGUGAGAAACCCUUCAUGUGCGAACAGUGUGACUAUUCUGCAGCACGGAAACAUGAACUGAAACAGCACGUCCUGUCUGUGCACACCGGUGAGAGACCUUACAACUGUGGCCACUGUGACUUUUCCACGUCAAGGAAAAGCGGUCUUUUCGUUCACAUCCGGACGAUACACGGCGGGGAGAGGGCCUAUCAGUGCCAGUUUUGUGAGUUUUCUGCUCAACAGUCUGGUCACCUGAAAGAGCACGUCAUGGCUAAACACAGCAACAACAGGCCGCACAAAUGCACACUGUGCGACUUUUCUUCAGUAACCAAAAAGAGCUUAAAGCUUCACAUGACGACCCACACAGGAGAGAAACCUUACAGUUGUGAGUUGUGCAGUUAUGCCUCCAGACAAAAAGGCCAGUUAAAGCUGCACAUGGCUAAACACACUGGGGAGAAGCCAUAUAAAUGUAAAGUCUGUGAUUAUGCUAGUGCAUCAAAGUCAUGGUUAAAAAGUCACAUGGUCACUCACACUAGCGAGAAGCCACACAAGUGUGAACUGUGUGAUUAUUCUACAGCACAAAUGUAUCGUUUGAAACUGCACAUGGCCAACCACACUGGGGAGAAACCUUUUCGCUGUGAACACUGUGACUUUUCCACAGCAGAAAAACAAAACUUGAAACGCCACAUGGCUAAACACACCGGUGACAAACCGCACAAAUGUGAACAUUGUGACUAUUCUACAGCGCAUAGGAGCCUUCUGAAUCGUCACAUGGCAACUCACACUGGUGAGAAACCUUACAAAUGUGAUGUAUGCGGCUUUGCGACGGCACAUAAACGCUGUCUGAAAGACCACAUGACUAAACACACAGGCGAGAAGCCUUUCCAAUGUGAGAAAUGCGACUUUUUCACAACCCAAAAAGCCCACUUGGCUGAUCACAUGUUUAGACACGCCGGUGAGAAGCCGUACAUGUGUGAGGUGUGCGGUUUUAAGGCAGCAGUGAAGGGUGGCUUGAACCAGCACAUGGCCACACACACGAAGCCCCACAAGUGUGACCAGUGCGACUACUCCGCAGCCCUGAAGUUUCAUUUAGACAGGCACAUGAAAAAACAUACCAUGGGCAAAAAUGACAGUCUGACAGCUUGAAGAAAGUGAAGAAAUGACAAACUUUGACCUCAUUC